UUAUUUUUUGAGUUGGCCAUACGAGUAUUUUAAGCGAUGGUUUUCUUCUCAUAAACUCUCUCAAGUUUGUAGACAGAAAGUUGUGGUUUCUGUUCACUUCAAUUCAACCCACCCUCAAUUCAAUCUCUCUCUCUCUCUCUCUCUGAAGUUCUUCCAUGGCGGCUGGGCACUUCGCCGCCACAACCCCCAACCCCAUCCGCCUCAUCCAAUCCUCAUACCUCCUCGCAAAACCCAACCCAACUAUCUUCUUCCCACCUUCGAAUCUUCGCCACCAAAAAUCAGCACUUCAUUAUAGGGCUCGAAGGAAGCUCUGUUUCACUGUCUAUGUCGUCAUGGAGGACCAAAAGCAGAGUACCCAUCUCGAGAAUUGCACAGAAAAAGCCCAAGAGGCUGCUCAAUCUCAGAUCCCAAUUGUAAUUCCGUCCGUACGUGUGGCUGAGAAGUUGUCCAGAAAGAAAUCGGAGAGGUUCACUUAUCUUGUUGCUGCUGUGAUGUCCAGCUUUGGUAUUACUUCCAUGGCUGUCAUGGCUGUUUAUUACAGAUUUUACUGGCAAAUGGAGGGUGGGAAUGUGCCUUUGUCUGAAAUGUUGGGUACAUUUGCUCUAUCUGUUGGUGCUGCUGUGGGAAUGGAGUUUUGGGCAAGAUGGGCUCAUAAAGCUCUCUGGCACGCUUCUUUAUGGCAUAUGCACGAGUCUCACCACCGACCCAGAGAAGGUCCAUUCGAGCUUAACGAUGUGUUUGCUGUAAUUAACGCUGUUCCAGCUAUAGCCCUCCUCAAUUAUGGUUUCUUCCACAAAGGCCUUGUUCCUGGCCUAUGUUUUGGUGCUGGUCUUGGAAUUACAGUGUUCGGCAUGGCGUAUAUGUUUGUCCACGAUGGUUUAGUUCAUAAAAGAUUCCCAGUGGGUCCCAUAGCCAACGUGCCCUAUUUGAGAAAGGUUGCUGCUGCUCAUCAGCUCCACCACUCAGAGAAAUUCGAGGGUGUGCCAUAUGGGCUGUUUCUGGGUCCCAAGGAACUUGAAGAAGUGGGAGGCCUCGAAGAGUUGGAAAAGGAGAUCGAAAGGAGAAUCAAAGCGUACAAGGGAUCAUGACUUAGAUUAAGUAGUUGAUGGAACCUCAUUUUCCACUUCCCCUUUGUAUCGGAAAUUUCAGUGUAGAAAAGUGAUAGAGAUAAAUUAAAUGGUUUUGUGAUCAUUUUUGUUUUUACACGGUGGAAAACAGAGCAAGUGAGAAACUAAACUGAACUGAACCAAAAUGCUGUGCUAGGGUUUUAGGCAGCUGGGCUGCUCGAGUGUUUGCAUUGCAAUGAAGAAGAAGGGUAUGUAUGUAUGUAUUUUUAUGUACGGGGGAAUUUGUAUUCCGUCCUCCCAUGUAUACCAUGAAGUGUGGGCAACUUUUUGUCAUAGUACAAUACUUU